AUGGCAUCCACUACUGUCCUCGCCACUCUCCUCAUUGCCACCUGGAGACAUACAAAGUCAAAGUCAUCCUCACUUGACAACCAACAACCCCCACCAUUGACCAAACACCCAAUGGUGAACCAAGUUGCCCCCCUCACCACCAUCACCCUCGCUGUCAUCAACGAGCACUCCCAUCUUCUCCUCCUUGCCCUACUGGGCUUCUUCCUCCUCAGCCUCCUCUCCACCCUCACCCUUGCCCUCAUUGUCCCCCUCCUCCUAUGUCUCACCAUCCACCAUCUUGAGCGCGAACACCAGUGGGCGUUCAACAUCACCACCACGGCACAGUGCCCCCUCCCCCAUACCACCACCAAUCUCCCUGUCGUCGCUGCCAACCGCGACAGCAACAAUCCGACGCAGCAAGAAUCUGAUGAUUCUUCGCUAGAAUUUCUUAACAAAGGGGGCUUCCGCUAUCCGUUCACACCCCUGCCAAAUGUCACUCAUCAACUAUUCCUGAUCCCAGGUCUCCCGGAAUCUUCCAACAGUGACACUAUAGUCUUACAUCAAUUCCCUGGACCCCUGGAGAUUCUCCCCAAUACCUUGGAAGCAUCUACCGGAUCUUACCAUGUUGCCCCUGCACAGGUUUUUCCAUCCUUGUCACCUAUGAAUACCUCAUCCUCUCCAAACCCUGAUAGUCCCCUUGCUGCAUCCACUGACUCUCCCAAUAUGCCACCACUCACCUCUGAUGCCUCUGACAAUGGGAGUCUUGACCACGCUCCGAAUCUUCACCUCCUAGCCAAUAUCAGCAAAUCCUGGCAAUCCAUUCCUUUUGACACCUCUACCCCUGUUCAAGACGUUGAUCCCUUGGAACAAGUUCUACCCCACUUUCCUGGAGUGUACGCUAACUUUGUCACUCGACCGCCCAUGGGGGUUUCUAUCAAUGGCAUUCCCGCAUUUGGAUUACAACGGGUCUCAACAACCACAGCAAAUAUACUCCGUACUGCUGAGCCUGUAGGGAAUUGGAACUCUUUGGACAAGGAAUGGGAGAAGGAUACUUGGGAGUACCUGCAGACGUGA